AUGCCUGCACUGCGAUCUUCAAGUCAAGACUAUGCCCAUCAGAUGCCCACAAAUGCAUCCAUCAUUCACCCCACACGAAGCUCAACAAGGUCAAUACCUUCAGUUUCGAAUAAGUCCGGAGCAGGAUACAUGUCGCCGAUUCGACAUCUCUCAAAAUGGAAUUCGACGACCAGCUCAUCCCGCCCUGCUGCAAAUAUUGCACCAGCAGAGAUCCUACUGGAGAUUUUCUCCAUGCUGACACCGCGGGACUUCGACAACGCCCGGCGGACAUGCUCACAGUGGAUGCGGAUUAGCCUGAACCACAAGCUGCUUGAGAGUAUGCUGAAAAGAGCAGGGUGGUGGGAUGCAUGGCUGCAAGACCGCAAAACGCCACGCAUCUCCCGGUUAGAUGAGAGCGAGGUCUGGAGAAUGAGCCGCCGUUUUGCGACAGAAUGUCUCCUUUCGGGGCGAAAGUUGAAUGUCGAGAAGCCGGGCUUUUUGACUACCGCUGUCGUAGACUUUUCAAGUCUAUCUGGUUCUGCAGGAAGAAAGUCCCGCGGCACUCGACUUCAGCCGGUUUUGCAGACCGAGGGCAAAGGGCCAGUGUCAACUUUCAGCAUUAGCAGUUGCAGCAACUACUUGCUCGUGACGACUGGCUGCAUGAUCUAUAUUUAUUCUCUUUCGGGUCGGAAGUUUAGGCCAAUAUCUGCAAAAGUCUUCAGCAAUCUUGAGUUGGCACUAGUCUCACGAGUCUCAUGUCCGUUCGAUGUCCUCUCGGCCGCCAUCGACACCAGCAAGCCCCAAUUCACCAUCGCUGCAUUGCUUCGCAACCGCGUUGGCAUGAUCUGCAACUUGGAUAUGGCUUGGGCUAAAGCCCCGGCUACCAAAGGACUUGCUAAUAGCAAAAUGGCCACCUCAUCCCGUCACUUCUUCUACAACGUCUGCACAGUAGACAACCCACCCCGAACAGUUGCUCUCUGUCCCGGUCAGCCAGUCGUUGCCUUCGGCUGCGCUGCGGGCAUCGAAAUCCACAGCGUGGGUGAAACAAAGCGCAAUGAACAACGCAGAUAUUUCACCGUCCCUCAACCCUCUGAGAUCCUUCAUUUCCUCCCAAGUAGUCCAGAAACACCCAACGAACUACGUCUUAUUUCCUCGCUAUCCGGACCGGGCGUUCAUGAAUGCAAAUGCCCCCCUUCACCCUCACCUUUAUCUUCACCAUCCUUAUCAUCACCAAAACUCGACCCGAAAAACAGCCAAUUCCAUUUCCUUGCAGAUAUCCAGUCCUACAACCGCCGCCGCAUUCCACACGCUCCAUCUCGCAGCUUCAUCCGCGCAACACACUGCCACCACUACCGUGCUGUCCCAAUCAACGACGGGUUCCACAUCAUGUUCAUCGAGCCACGCACAAGCCUCCUAUGUAUCGGCACUGACGCUCCAAUCGGCGGGCCAACGAGCCUAACCCGCGCAUUCGUCUGUGUUCCGCCGCCUUUCUCAAACACCCAAAACGGACAGAUCAAGACACCACCCCCAUCUCCAUCCCCCUCAAACACAGUCCCGUCUCCAAAAGAUCUCCCAAUCCCAACAACCUUCACCGCAGGCUCCGACCUCCGCUGGGGUCUCCGUGUUGUCGCAGCCUACGGCGACCGCCUCGUGCUAUAUUCCAUUCCCUUGGACGUAUUCAACAUGAUCCGCAAAGAGCGUGAACGUCAAGGGGAUGGGGUAAUGGGCGACAGCGAUCUCGCGCCAGACUGGUACGUUGACUCGGAGCGGACUCGCAAGCAGCGCGAGAGUCUGGUGCAGAACCAGAAUGGGGAGUGGGAGUUUGUUUUGUCUGUCUCGUAUCGGCCUACGGCUAUGAUGUGGCCGUUUAAGAUAUACGGCAAGGAGAUUGGAUCUGUUAAGGGCACUGUGGAGCUUGCUUUGCAGUCUUCUGAAGGUGGAGUCAGGGUUUGGGCUUUUAGGGAGGAUGGUAAAGGCACCGUUUUGGAUGUUGAUAUUGGUCAUGCUCCCACUCGGUCUUUUGGUGUCGGCUCUGAUGGGGAAUUGGAGGACCUUGGCAUCGUUCAGAGGGGGUUGGGUGGUUCGAGGAAACGGAAGUUCGAGGAGGUGAGGACUGGGUUUGUGGGUUAUGGUGCUGGUCGCUAUUCGGUGGAUGGGAUCAAGCCUUGUGCUGCUGGUCACGUACAUCCAUCAGUUCGACGAUCAUCUUUUGCGGCUUGUAUUAUAGACUUUAAGAUUCCUUUGUAUUAA